UUACCUCGUCGCUCAUUUGCCUGGCGCAAAAGAAUGAGUGAGGGUGCGACCAUGCGAGAGUUGGUUUCAACAACCGCUCGAGAUGGAGAUCCGUCAAGCCCACACCAGCGACAGUCCAUAGCGUCGUACUAUACGGACAUGACAUUUCCCACCCUAACUCAAGCUCUCCGAAUUCGAACUAGUGCUCACUUUGAGGCAAGGGACUCGAACUGGAGCGGAUCGCCUUCAUUGAUAUCAGCUCCAUCUGAUUUUGUGUCGGAGCCCCGGAGCUCACUUGCGGCUUCCUUCACAUACGAUAAAGAUGGCGAGCAGGCAUAUUUUAUGUUAAUGCAGCAACAGCAACAGCUACAGCAACAACAACCGGCAAACCCUAUCAGCGGUCGUUUGACUGGAUCUACACCAAGGCGAUCUAUCAUCAAAACUGCCGCGAAGCAGAGGUCAAGGUCGCGGCCCAUGUCCCGAGUAUCGGAAGAUGCUUCCGCGCUCAAAGGUAGUAUUGGUGAACUAGAAAUAAAUACCGAGCUACAUCCCACCAGCGAUAUAGAGGCGAAGCAAUAUAUAGCGGGCGCUCCCCAUUCAACCCGAUAUCGAGAAGCUCCUGGCAAGGAGAGCGGAUCUGACAAUAGCCAGCGCGACUCAGUUCUACCAUCUGCUGAAUCGCAGAAGAUCCCUGCUCUGAACUACUAUUCACUGCCCUCUCCAAAGUUUGUUUCGAUGGUGAAUCUUCCCGACGUAGCGCAACCUAAAUAUGCGGAAACGAGGUCAUCGGCCUCGUUCGGAAUGACACCAGUGAGCGCGCAAGAUGGCGUAACCCCACCUAUAUCACCCCCAGAUAGCGCAUUACUGCCUACUCCGUCUGUGUCUAUAAGUUCACCGUCUGUGACCAACGGAACCGUGACUAGUGCGAGCCAAAGCGAUACAACCAUAGAUUCCAGAGGGAAUAUGAUGCAUUCUGUGAUGCAGUCCUUGUUUCCAUCGUCUCUUGGUGCAAUCUCUCCUGUUUUCUCGGGUCAUUUGUAUAAACUGGGGCGAAACAAGCGAUGGCAAUGGCGGCUCCUUCGCUUUGAUGGUACCCUGUUGACAUGCCUUGGCACUAGUAAAAUAAAACUUCCCAGAAAAACAGCCGCCGUUUUGUCAUCAACAACUAAUACAACCUACAUUCCUAUCCCUAAUGCUCAACCGAUGCCUCUUCUCACAAGUGCUCUACUUGCGGACGAACAUCAUUCGCCGCUGACUACCAACGCUGGGUCGCCAGUGUCCAAAUGGGUUCACCUUCCAAAAUGGACGAUCCACAUUGGGAGUGUAACGCAUAUUUCUUUAUUAAAGCGUACAAAGAAUCGGCGAAUGUACCAACCUGUCGACCUUCCCAUAGAUGGGGCCUCACCGAAGAGUACAACGGCAGGUGGUGAUGGCAAGUCGGAGGCGGGCACACAACCGGAACGUACUACGCCUGCGUGGUUUGGAAACGCCAAGAAAUGUUUUGUUAUCCGAACUAAUGACGGGAAGAACUAUAUCUUGCGGGCCAAGAAAAAUGAAGAUCUGGAGCGCUGGUUGUUUGUACUUGUGGCGAUGUGGAGAGUAGUGCGUGCUGGCAUUGCUGAUGGUUCCACGCAACUCUCUCAAAGGCAAUCGGUGUCGCUGGGUGGUGACAUGUGGAUGGAUACUAUCGGAAGAAUUAGACGACAUGUUUCCUUUGUACCGCCCCCGAUUGAGCAUUCUGUAGAAUAUCCACAAGGACGACGAAGAUCCACUUCAGAACCUGCUCCAGUGGAUAUGCUAGCGAUCAUGUCAUCAUCUUCCUCUAAAUCCGGGCGAAUGUCGGUGGCAAGUAACAGGAUAUCCGUGGACCAUGCAAUGCGUCAGCGUCGGGAGUCUCAGCAGCGUCAAGCAGCUCCAAAAAGUGCCCCUAUUCCGGAAGAGGGACCACUUUCUGCCAAUGUCGUGGACGACGAUAAAUCUUGGAUACAUGAUGUAGAUCUCGUCACCAGUGGAGCGCAAAUCACACCGAUUGAUGUUACAUCGGAUUCCGAUCCGAAAGGCGACAGCGGUUCCUCAGUACGGCCAAUAACCGUUUUUAGCGUCACGAUCAUGCAGCAGUUGGAUGAACUUGCUCGUGAUCUUCGCGGUGCCCAGCAGAGACAACUGGAGUUGUCCAAAUUGGGGGUAAAGACCGGCAUGGUUACGCUACCAUGGUACCCUGAAAGAAAAGAUUCGCUGCCUGAAGUCACUGGCGCUCCCAACGUAGUCACUCACGGACGACCUACGAACCGCAGAAUGGAGGAUCGGCGUGGAGAACGCAGGAGUCCUGUCAAGCAACAUCAACCAAUGCCGGCGCCAGGACAAGGGCGAGACAGAGUUUUAGAGCAUUCUCGGGAGGACGAGAGGCCGAUGGAGCAACCUCAGGAACGCGGGCAUCCGUAUGAAGAACAGCAGCCAGAAGCUCUUCAAGACAUCACGUACCCGCCGCGUUUAGAAUCUAAAAACUCACACUUUUUGCGGGGAGGAAAGGGUAAAAACAAGCUGGCACAGAAAGGCUCUUCUGACGACGACGUAGUUGCAACGCGUAGAGAAACCGUCGUAACUUACCAUCCCGAUGACGCAGCCAAUACGCACCACGUAACGGUAUCGGAGAACGGCAGCAUCAAAGCCGACUCACCACCUGUAACUGCAACUAAUAUGCCAACUCAACCUAUAAAACCUUCACGUCUCAAGACCCUGCAAUCGACACCUACCAUUACGUGGGCCCCACUCCCACCUUCCAUCUCAUCCGGCAACGCCGAAAAACGCGUCCCCCGUUCUUCAGCCUCCAUCUCACAGGCUGUAGCAGACGCAUGGCGAUCAUCCCUGGCCAGUCUCAUCGAACAUGACAAAGGCGUCCGAGUAUCGGUGUCUGGGGAAGCUCCAGGUGAACUGAGCUUGGAUCGCUGGAUCGAAAUGAGAAGGCGCCAAGUCGAUUGGAGUCGAGUUGAGGUAUCUACCGGCCAGGGAACCAUCUAGAUAGCUGCUAUAUUAUUUCUAGAAUUGUAGCAAGUAGCCACUGAUCGAACAUUUGCGUCAUGUGUUAUCUUUGAGUAGGUUUUAUAUAGAUAUUUUAAUCUCUGUUGCAGAUUAGACCUAUGAGUGUAGAUUAUUCUAGAUGGAAUGUGUAAGUAAUUUCUCUCUUCA